UUUUGUUAAUGUCAUCAAAUUAACCUCAAUUAAGUUAGCCACUUAUUUCAAAACAAGGAAAUGGGCUCAAAAUGAAUUACACAAUUAAUAAGUGAUAAUGAAAAUUGUCUGAUGUACCGGUGAUAUAGAAUAUAACUAUUGAUCUUCAUUCUUGUAAUAUGGUGUUGAGGACUAGAGCCCCUUGUAUCCCACCAAAAUAUAUGGUUUUUUAUUUCCUCAUUUUAUCCAUAUCAACAUUGAUUAGUGUUGAUAGUUCUGAUCCUAUUAUCUAUGCGGUAAAUUGUGGUGGAGACGCCCACACUGAUGUUCUCGGCAUAAGAUAUGAGAAGGAUCCUCUUCAUGGAAAAAUAGGAAUUGCCUCCGAUUAUGGAAAACGAUUACUUAUUGGAAGGAUUCCACCAGAGGACCAUAUUUUAUACCAAACAGAAAGGUAUCAUACAAACACUUUCGGUUAUGAUAUACCUAUAACAUCAGAUGGAGAUUACGUACUUGUUUUGAAAUUCUGUGAAGUAUAUUUUAAUGCACCAAAUCAGAAGGUUUUCGAUGUUGUACUGAAUGGUGAACAUAUGAUAGUAUCAGAUCUGGAUAUAUUCGACAAAGUAGGUAGAGGUUUUGCUCACGAUGAGUAUAUACCUUUUAGAGUCAACAAGGGACGAAUGAUAUACAAUGAGGAAGAAUCAGAUAUAAGGGGCGGUAAAAUACGUGUCGAAUUCAUUAAAGGUAAUAAGGACAAUCCAAAAAUUAACGCUAUUUAUGUGGUGAAAUCCAGACUAGAAGAUGUGCCAAAACUGCCAGCUAUUCAAAUGGAACAAGAAAAAUUUGAUGAGCACAAAGAGGAACCUGAGGUUAUACCAAAAAAUCGACGACCUGCUGCUGUCAAACAACCCGAUCCAUACACAAUGGAUGAUUCUUCAAUUAUGCUUCCCGUUUUUAUUGCAAUAGGAGCUUUUAUUCCACUUUUAUUUUGUCUAUGUAAAUUGUGAUUUAUUUCUAUUGAAAUUUUGUGAUCACUUAUUUAAUUUCCUAGAUUCACACUGGAGAAUUGUCAAUUCAACUAGUCAAUUUCAGUAAAACACCUGGUUGAAUAUGAAUAAUUGAUAUUGAAACCUAGAUUAGGUUUUUUAUAGGAUAAUGAAUUUCUCAAUGGAAGAUUUGUAAAAUGAGUAUUAUUUGUCUUGUCUAUCUGUUGUAGUAAUUGUUGAAUUGGUAUUUUCUUGUUAUGAAACUGAAUAAUAGUUAUCUUGACACACGUUCCGAUUUUCCUAUAAUUGGUGAAGGUUGAAUAGUGGUAGAAAAACUGAAAUUCAAUAGCACCAAUAAAAUUGAGAGAAUAAAAUGUUUGGAUAAA